CCAACCCGGUCUGAACCCCUACCCCGCCUCUCCCGUGAAGCCAUGAGUCAUGAAAGAUAGAACAACCAGAAACCAAACAAAUUGCAGAGAGACGGGAGAGAGAGAGAGAGAGAGAGAGAGAGAGAGAGAGAGAUGCAUCCGCGCUUCACAUCCAUAGUCCGAUCCUUGAAAUCCACCAGCGUCUCCUCCACCUCUCUCCCUCUCGAGUCCCUUACCUUCCUUCGCCACCUCUCUUCUCCUUCUGUGCCCCCUGCCGACGCCGCCCCUCCCCAAACUCUCGCCGCCCUCCGCCGCCAACUCGCCCUCGAUUCGCCCUCCCUCACCGACUUUAUCCGCCUCCAAGACUCCGAUGAAUACUCUGUCGAGGUCGGCACCAAGAAGAACCCCCUCCCCAAGCCCAAAUGGAUGAAGGAAUCCAUCCCCGGCGGAUUCAAGUACGCCAAAAUCAAGAAAAAGCUCAGGGAACUCAACCUCCACACUGUCUGCGAGGAGGCUCGCUGUCCUAACAUGGGGGAGUGCUGGUCCGGUGGCGAGACCGGCACUGCCACCGCCACUAUUAUGAUUUUGGGCGAUACUUGCACUCGUGGUUGCAGAUUCUGCAAUGUCAAGACAUCACGAACUCCUCCCCCACCAGAUCCAAAUGAACCCUCCAAUGUUGCUGAGGCUAUUGCAUCCUGGGGUUUGGAUUAUGUGGUGAUUACAAGUGUUGACCGAGAUGAUUUACCUGAUCAAGGAAGUGGUCAUUUUGCAGAGACAGUGCAGAAGUUGAAGGUGCUAAAGCCAAAUAUCCUGAUAGAAGCUCUUGUGCCUGAUUUUCGAGGAGAUCUAAACUGUGUCGAGAAAGUUUCUAAAUCUGGUUUAGAUGUUUUUGCUCACAACAUUGAGACAGUUGAGGAGCUUCAGAGCGCAGUUCGGGAUCGCCGUGCUAAUUUCAAACAGUCCAUGGAAGUUCUAAAAUUGGCCAAAGAAUAUGCUCCUGCUGGUACAUUAACAAAGACAUCAAUAAUGUUAGGAUGUGGGGAGACACCCGAUCAGGUUGUGAGAACCAUGGAAAAUGUAAGGGCUGCAGGUGUUGAUGUCAUGACCUUUGGUCAGUACAUGAGACCAUCAAAGCGCCACAUGCCAGUAUCCGAAUACAUUACUCCUGAGGCUUUUGAGAAUUACCGAGUUCUUGGCAUGGAUAUGGGAUUUCGGUACGUGGCAUCAGGCCCCAUGGUCAGGUCUUCAUACAAGGCUGGUGAAUUCUACAUCAAGUCCAUGAUUGAUGCAGAUCGCGCCUCUUCUUCUUCAUCUUCUUCUUUCUCGUCAGUACUCUGAAUCCAUCCCCAUCUAUUAUCUUCUGCUCACUCUCUGUAUUUUUGGUAGUAGUGUUCUCUGUUUUCCUUCCUCACUUCCCCCUUUUCCCCACCUUGGGUGACCUAGCAGUGUAACCAUAUAUAAUCUCAACUCAAAAUUUGAUUUCAACUUCUUCAUUUGGAGACAUCACACUGUAAUGAGUUUUUGAAAUUGGAGUUGGAACUUGAUGAAGCCUGAUUUGGCUAUUGAAUAAUAUUAAAUAUAUGAAUGCAUUAACUGCCUUGAUCA